UUUUGUUAAAAAAAGCUAAAAAAGCUAUAAGCUUUGUUAAAAAAGCUAGGCCAAACACCCCCUAAAUACACUCUUUCUCCAUUGUCUUUUCUGUUCAAACUCCUCUUCUUCAAAUACCAAUUUCAAAUCCUUACAAACAUCCACUCUUAUAUUCACAAGCUCAAGAUGAGUGCUUCAAAGUUCAUAAAAUGUGUUUGUGUUGGUGAUGGAGCUGUUGGUAAAACUUGUAUGCUCAUUUGUUAUACCAGUAACAAGUUCCCCACUGACUAUAUUCCUACAGUAUUUGACAAUUUCAGUGCCAAUGUGGCUGUUGAUGGAAGUAUUAUAAAUUUGGGACUUUGGGAUACUGCUGGUCAAGAAGAUUAUAGCAGAUUAAGACCAUUAAGCUACAGAGGUGCAGACAUUUUUGUGUUGGCUUUUUCUUUAAUCAGUAGAGCAAGCUAUGAAAAUGUCCUCAAGAAGUGGAUGCCUGAGCUUCGAAGAUUCGCACCCAAUGUUCCAGUUGUGCUCGUCGGGACUAAACUAGAUCUUCGUGAUGACAAGGGAUAUUUAUCCGAUCAUACGAGUUAUAAUGCUAUAACAUAUUCAGAGGGGGAGGAACUAAGGAAACAAAUAGGUGCAGUUGCUUAUAUAGAAUGCAGCUCCAAGACUCAACAGAAUGUUAAAGCGGUUUUUGAUUCCGCCAUCAAGGCAGUGCUACAACCGCGGCGUAUUAAGGAGGAGGCGGCUAUGGCUAUGAAAAGGCGCAAAACCUAUGGUUGCUCAUUCGUGGACAUUGUUUGUGGAGGUUGUGCUGCUUAGGAAAGGUUCAUUCAUGGAUGAAUAUAAGACAUUUGACAUCAAUUUAUUUCCAUGUGUUUGAUUUCAUUAUUAAUAUUUAUUAAUGUGUAAUUGUGUUUAUCAAAAGGUAACAUAUUAAGGUCUCAUUUUGUUUGAUUUCA